AUGUCUAAGAAAUCAUACGACAGACCUCUUGAGCACAACGAAUACCUCAAACUCAAGUAUUUGUCACCGAAUGAGUCCCAAGAAGUGAAGAGAAAGAAGAGUAAAAUGAAGAAAAUACUUAAACCCAAGAAUAGAAAAAUCCGUAUCUUUGACGACGACAUCGACCUGAAGAACAUCGAAGCGAAUGAUAGCGAAGAAGAGCUGCAAUUCGCGACCAAAGAGGAGAAACCGAUUGUCGCCGGAGUUGUCGACGACAGACCACUUCAUAUGAGACGCAAAGACAUCGACACUAAUCGAUGGAAAACAGUGGUCGACCCAAAUGUCGAAGAAUUUGAUAACAAUUUAAAUGAGUCCAAAGGGAAACGAAGAGACCAUUCGGACAGUGAUUUAUCACCGCUUCGGACAAAGAAGAGCACAAAAGGGGACUCUAAAGCCAACUCAAGACACAGCGGAAACCUAUCUCCCAAACGAAGAAGACAUGACUCCGACAGUGAUUUAUCACCCGUUAGGUCGACGUCUGAGUUGAGGGCAAACGCGAGAACUAUUGAUAAUAAUAGGGACAGAGAUCUGUCUCCUAAGCGUCGCCGACACGACACAGACAGUGAUCUCUCACCAGAAAGAGAGACAAAUCCAAGGGAUAGAACUAAUUCACGCCAUCACUCACGAGAUCUGUCGCCAACAAGAAAUCGGUCGCCUAAACGACAAUACAGUAAUAAAACCAGUGAUAGCGUAAGACAUGACUCCGACAGUGAUUUAUCUCCUCCGAGAACUCAUAACAAAAAGGGCAAAACGAAACCCGAGAAGACUCUAAGCGGCAAAAAAGCCGGUCUUUCUGAUGGAAAGCAUUUACGCGAAGAACUGAUGGCCACUAAGAGAAGAGAACAAAAACUCUUCGAUUCAAUCAGUGAUGAAGUGUUAGGAAAAAAUGCGAAAACUGUUUUCAGAGAUUCAAAAUCGGGUCGAAUUCGGAACCUCGAAGAAGAGGCCAAACUUCAGUUCGAAAAGGAUUUAAUUAAAGACAAAAUUGAAGCCCAAAAGAAAGCCAAAUACGACAAGUGGUCCAAAGGUUUGGUUCAAACACAACAACGACAGGAGAAGAUUGAAUCGGAUAUGCAUGAGAUGUCCAAACCGUUGGCCCGCUAUGAGGGAGACGUGGAUUUGGAUAAAUUGCUCAGAGAUAAGGAGCGCGAAGACGACCCGAUGCUGGCAAUGAUGCGCAAGAAUCGGGUGGAAGAGCAGCGACAAGAGGGCACUCUGAAAGUGAUGCCCAAAUACAAGGGACCGCCGCCACCACUCAAUCGGUUCAGUAUAGGGCCCGGCUAUCGAUGGGAUGGCGUCGACCGAUCCAAUGGCUUCGAAAAGAAACACUUCGACAGAAUCGCUAACAAAGAGUCCACUUUAGAGGAGGCCUACCGCUGGUCAACGCAAGACAUGUAA